UCUAGGUCCUAUAACGAUAUAUGUGCACAUUAAAGGUGGAAAACACUUUGAAUACUUUCACGGUUACAUUUGAGUUGCAUCAUUAUUUGAAGCAAAUGGCCAGCUUUGUAAUCUCUCUGUUUGUUUUCUGCCUAUUAGCAAUUUCAUUAUCCCAAGCUCUUAACUUUAAGCUUCCCACAAAGGAGCAACAAAAUUGGAUAAACCAUGGUGGAGACAUAUAUAAUAGAAGAUAUGCCAACAACGAACACAAAAUCAGCCGUGAAACCGUUUCAAACUUAAGCCUAAAAUGGAAAUUCUAUGCAGGGAAAGACAUAACUGCAACCCCAUCAAUCGUUGAUGGAAUUCUCUAUUUCCCAUCAUGGAAUGGUGAAAUGUUUGCAGUAAGAGCAAGUGAUGGAAGCCUUGUUUGGAAGCAAAACUUGCAAGAACUAAUAGGAUUAAAACCAACAGGAUUGGUUGGUGGUGUUAAUUGGACAGUGUCUAGGGCAACACCAACCAUAGCUGAUGAAUUUGUGAUUGUUGGAAUCUAUGGUCCUGCUGUGGUUAUUGCUCUUAAGAGAUUAACAGGAGAGUUAGUUUGGCAAACAAGGUUGGAUAGCCAUGACUCGUGUUUUGACAACUGA